CCACUUCAAAGAUCCGAACUUUACUUCAUCCUAUCACAGUCAAAGUCUUGACCUUUUAGUCAAUCAAUCAAUCAUCCAUGGCUGAUCAGCAAACCCUAGAUUCCGAUGAUCUCUCUCACUCUACUUCCUCAGAUCCGUCGCUCUUGAGGUCUCUCUCCUCGAGUCGACUCAACGCCGGAGCUCCAGAGUUCGUACCUGGUCGAACUACUCCUCCUCCGAGGAUGAUUAUCCCUCCUCCUCCGCCGCACGGUAUGCUUCACAUGUACCACCACCAGCGUCCCUUCAACGUCCCCGUCCUCGGUCCUGUUCCUAUCCAGCCUCACCACCAUCCUCAUCGCUUCCAUCAUAACCGUCCUCAGAACCAGCACUAUGUUCCCGUGAGGAGCCAUCAGCAGGAGCCUGAUUCGGUUGUGAAGAAGAGAGAUCAUAAGAGAGAGUCUAAGAACAACGAUCAGACGAAUGAGGCUGGAGCUUCUUCUGUUGUGAUUGAUCCCAAGACUGGUUUGCCUGAGGAUACUAUUCAGAAGAUUGUGAAUCAGGUUGAAUACUACUUCAGUGAUUUGAACUUGGCCACCACAGAUCAUCUGAUGAGGUUCAUUAGCAAGGAUCCUGAAGGAUACGUGCCGAUACAAGUCGUUGCAUCUUUCAAGAAAGUUAAAGCUGUCGUUAGUGGUAAUUCUCAGCUUGCCACAGUGCUACAGAACUCAGCAAAGCUUGUUGUUAGUGAAGAUGGGAAGAAAGUGAGACGCUUGAAUCCAGUUACCGAGGCUGCUCUAGAAGAACUCCAGUCUCGUAUAGUAAUUGCUGAGAAUCUACCUGAGGAUCACUGCUACCAAAAUCUGAUGAAGAUCUUCUCUACUGUUGGAAGUGUGAAGAACAUCCGUACCUGCCAGCCACAGAUUACUGGGAACGCUGUUCCACCAGCUGCAAGAUCAGCCAAAAGCGAUGGAAAUCUCUUCAGUAACAAGGUCCAUGCUUUUGUGGAGUAUGAGACGGUUGAGUUAGCCGAGAAAGCAGUUGCGGAGCUAAAUGAAGCAGGAAACUGGAGGAGCAGUCUUAAGGUCCGGUUGAUGUUAAAACCUCAGACAAAGGAACCAAAACAGGGUCAAGGGCGAGGAAGAAAAGGACAUGAUGUAGAGGUAGAACAUGAGGAAGAUGAAGCGACGGCAUCCGAGCAGCAGCAGCAGCAGCCGAUUGAGAAACUAUCUGAAGAGUGUUCUGGGGAAUGGGAUACACAUGUGCCAGAGCAGGCAGUGAUAGGAGAGGAGCAAGGGAACGAGAAAGCGGCUGGGCAGAGAAAAGGGCGUAGCAGAGGUAGGGGGAAGGGACGAGGACGAGGUCAACCUCACCAGAACCAAAACCAAAACCACAACCACAAUGGGCGUGGGAAUCAUCAUAACCAUAACCAUCACCAUCAACAUCAAGUGGGAACACCACCUUCAAACAAUCAAAUGAACAGCAUGGAGCAGCAGCCAAAACAGCAACCACCGGGACCAAGGAUGCCUGAUGGGACCAGAGGAUUCUCGAUGGGACGGGGAAAGCCUAUCACGGUUCAGGCAGACUGAUCAAGAGCAAAGAGGUGGUCGGGUUCCACAAGGGAGAGAAAGAGAGAGAGAGAGAAAGAACUUUAUAUAUCCUUCCCCAUGGGGGAAUGGUUUGAGUUUUGCAGACUUGAUAUAUUCUUCUUACUUCAAAAAUAACAUGUGUUUGAAUUACUCUAUCUUUACAUUACAAUAACAGAACAAACAGCUUUUAUCCCUUA